CUCGCUCCCCGAACUCCCCCUCCAUCCUCCUCCCUCCCACUCGCACGCCGUCUGGUGGGAUCUCUUCCACGCUGAUCUCGCAGGACCCGGCGCAUGCAGUAAGUGACAAAUGGAAGCUCCACGGACACGCGAGGAAGGAGCAGAAGGUGGGGGAAGACGGCGCUCCCUCUUCUUCUAAGAGGAUAAAGGGGAAAGGGGGCUAUUUUUAACCGGACUCUAGUGGACUCUACCUCGGGGCACAAUGAGCGGUGGGGCGGAUGAGAGCUCGGUGCGUGUCGCACUAAGGAUUCGUCCUCAGCUGGCCCGAGAGAAGAUCGAAGGCUGCCAUAUUUGUACUUACGUGAUGCCCGGGGAGCCGCAGGUGGUCCUGGGCAAGGACAAGGCCUUCACGUACGACUUUGUCCUCGACAUGGACACCCAGCAGGACGCCAUUUACGGCCACUGCACCGAGAGUCUCAUCGAGGGUUGCUUCGAGGGUUACAACGCGACCGUAUUCGCAUAUGGACAGACCGGUUCGGGGAAGACGUACACCAUGGGAACCGGCUUCGACGUCAACAUCGGCGAGGACGAGCUGGGUAUCAUUCCCAGGGCCGUCAAUCACCUGUUCCGGGGCAUCGAGGAACGGAGGCAGGCUGCCACCGAGCAGGGAAAGCCCGUUCCCGAGUUCAAGAUUAACGCUCAGUUCCUAGAGCUAUACAACGAGGAGGUGGUGGACCUGUUUGACGCCACGCGGGACGUGGAGGCCAGGAGGCAGAAGUCGAGCGUGCGCAUCCACGAGGACGCCAACGGCGGCAUCUACACGGUCGGCGUCACCACGCGCAGCGUCAACUCCGCGGCCGAGAUGAUCCAGUGUCUGAAGCUGGGCGCCUUGUCCAGAACCACGGCCAGCACUCAGAUGAACGUGCAGAGUUCACGCUCCCACGCUAUCUUCACCAUCCACCUGUGCCAAGUUCGAAUGUGCUCACCCGAUAACGAUAACGCGGCUGACAACCGCCAGGCGAGCGACAUCGACGAGUUCGAGACGCUGUCGGCCAAGUUCCAUUUUGUAGACCUGGCCGGUUCCGAGAGGCUUAAAAGAACCGGAGCCACCGGCGACCGGGCCAAAGAAGGCAUCUCCAUCAACUGUGGACUGCUUGCCCUGGGCAACGUGAUCAGCGCACUCGGCGACAGGAGUAAGCGUUCCACCCACGUGCCUUACCGAGACUCCAAACUCACCCGUCUGCUGCAAGAUUCACUCGGCGGGAACAGUCAAACGUUGAUGAUCGCUUGCAUCAGCCCAUCCGACCGUGACUUCAUGGAGACCUUGAACACUCUGAAAUACGCCAACCGGGCACGGAACAUCAAAAAUAAGGUGAUGGUGAACCAGGAUCGCGCUAGUCAGCAGAUCAGCGCCUUGAGGACGGAGAUGGCCCGGCUGCAGAUGGAGCUGAUGGAGUACAAAACGGGUAAGCGAAUGAUCGGCGAGGAUGGCAUGGAGGGCAUCAACGACUUGGUCCACGAGAACGCCAUGCUCCAGACGGACAAUAACAAUUUGAGGGUGAGGGUGAAGGCCAUGCAGGAGACCAUCGACGCCCAGCGAAGCAGACUCACGCAAAUCCUCAGCGACGGAGCCAAUCAGGCGCUGGCCAAAGCAGGUGAAGGCAACGAGGAAAUCGGCAACAUGAUCCACAACUACAUCAAGGAAAUCGAGGAGCUCAGGGCCAAACUUCUGGAGAGCGAGGCCCUCAACGAGAACCUGCGCAAGAGCCUGGUGCGCGCCUCCACUCGCUCGUCGCUGUACGCCGGCCCCGCCUCCUUCUCCCCGGCCCUCGAGAAAGAAGCCAACGACGUCAUUGAGAUGGCCAAGAAAGACCUGGAGAAGCUCAAGAAGAAGGAGAAGAAGAAGAAAAAGAGACUGAGGCAGUCCCAGCAGGACGAUCGGCAACAGGACGGCAGCGUUAUUAAAGAAGAAACGCCCGACAAUGAUCAGGAACGAGGCGGCAACGAAGCAGAGGUGGAGGGAAGCGACCACGAGGAAGUCGAGGACGGCGAUGAAGAUGACUCGGAUUCGGCGGGGGAGGAGACGUCCGAGGAGUCCGGCGCGGAGGAGCUAGACGACAAAGAAGACGUCCAGGCCGACUUGGCCAACAUCACGUGCGAGAUCGCCAUCAAGCAGAAGCUGAUCGACGAGUUGGAGAACAGCCAGCGCCGCCUCCAUACGCUUAAGCAGCAGUACGAGCACAAGCUGGUCAUGCUGCAGAAUAAAAUUCGAGACACGCAGCAGGAGAGGGACAAAGUGCUUCACAACAUGGGUUCAGUGGAGUCCUGCACCGAAGAGAAGGCCAAGAGGAUCAAGGCCGAGUACGAGAGGAAGCUGAGCUCCAUGAACAAGGAGCUGCAGAAGCUCCAGUCCGCUCAGAAGGAGCACGCUCGUCUCCUCAAGAACCAGUCGCAGUACGAGAAGCAGCUCAAGAAACUGCAGCUGGAUGUCACGGAGAUGAAGAAGACUAAGGUGGCACUAAUGCGUCAGAUGAAGGAGCAGCAGGAGCGUAACAGAGCCACCGAGUGCAAGAGGAACAGGGAGAUUGCAUCUCUGAAGAAAGACCAACGAAGAUCUGAGCAUCAAGUAAAACAGCUUGAGGCACAGAAGAGACAGCAGGAGUUAAUUCUUCGUAGGAAGAACGAAGAAGUGACUGCUCUGAGGCGGCAGGUGAGGCCGGUGUCGGGCAAGGCGAGCAGGAAAGUCACCUUACCCGAAAUCUCGGAACCGUUCCAUCGGAGCGCCCCGGGUAGGCCGUACUCCUCGGGAACGUCCAACGGCGGCAGGAGUUCGCUAAUAGGAAGGAGAUACCUGAGCCGGAACGCCAGGGUCAAAUGGCAAUCAUUGGAGCGGCGGGUCAGUGACAUCAUCAUGCAGCGGAUGACCAUCUCCAACAUGGAAACGGAUAUGAAUCGAGUCAUGAAGCAAAGGGAGGAGCUAACCAAGCGUCGAGAGCGAGUGUCCAGGAAGAAAACCAAAAUGGCGGCGGAGGCACCCCCGGACGCCGAGCGUUCGCUGACUCCCCUGAACGAAGAGUUGGAGUCUUUGAACGCUAACAUCGACUACAUCAACGACAGCAUCGCAGACUGUCAAGCCAACAUCAUGCAGAUGGAGGAGGCCAAGGAAGAAGGCGACACCGUGGACGUAACGGCGGUGGUCAGCUCGUGUAAUCUAUCAGAGGCUCGUUUCCUUUUGGAUCAUUUCAUGACCAUGGCCAUCAAUAAGGGUCUGCAAGCGGCUCAGAAGGACUCUCAGCUGAAGGUGAUGGAGGGCCGGCUGAAGCAGACGGAGAUCAACAGCGCCACGCAGAACCAGCUGCUGUUCCACAUGCUGAAGGAGAAAGCCGAGAUCAACCCCGAGCUGGACGCACUGCUGGGGAGCGCUCUCCAAGAGAACGGGGACGAAAGCAGCAGCGAUGAGUCGAACGCCAGCCCGGCUGCAGACGGAAGCGCACCGCCGUCAGAUCUGAUGAAGUUUUGUGGCGACUCCCGUCCGAGAAAUAAGGCUCGGAGGAGGACCGCUACACAGAUGGAGCUUCUCUACGCCACCGCGGGAGAUUCGCCCUUCGAUUCGCCUGCCGGCGACUUCUCGGGACCUUUGCUUCCUCUCGCCGAUCCGGAUCCGGGCCGCGAAUCCCCGUCUUCGAUCUCGGCUCGCUCGGCCGGCGUCUUCCGAUCGAGGUCACCGAUAAGCAGCGCUGAGAGGCAGCAGCUUGAGCGCUCGCCUCUUACCCGCAGGAAAAUGCAAGAAACUCCAACGGCUACAUCAGGGAAUGCCAAAACGCGAGCAUUGGAUGAGUCUUCUGUAUUUGACAGCCAUAGAGGCGUAAUCAGCCCCAUAGAACCGCCCAAGACCAGCCGGGCGGCCAAACUUCAAUGUGUGCACGUUGCCGAGGGACACACCAAGCCGGUACUCAGUGUGGACGUCACUGAAGAUCUCCUCUUUACAGGAUCCAAAGAUCGAACGUGUAAGGUGUGGAAUUUGGUGACCGGUCAAGAGAUCAUGUCUUUAGCGGAUCAUCCUAGCAGUGUCGUCUCAGUCAGGUACACUUCCAGCCUGGUCUUUACCGUUUCCAAUGCUUACAUCAAAGUGUGGGAUAUAAGAGAUUGCGCAAAAUGUAUACGCACGCUUACGGCUUCGGGUCAAGUUGCGACGGGCGACACCUGUUCCUCAACCCGGAGUUUUUCCAUCCCUCCGGGCGAAAGUCAGAUCAACCAGAUCGCCAUCAAUCCCGCCGGUUCCUUCCUGUAUGCUGCCGCCGGGAAUGCGGUCCGCAUGUGGGAUCUCCGCAAGUUCGCCUCUACCGGGAAGCUCACCGGCCAUUUAGGAACCAUCACGUGUCUGACGGUCGAUAAAUUAGGUAACGGACAAGACCUGGUCCUCACCGGCUCUAAAGACCAUCACAUUAAAAUGUUCGAGGUGACAGAAGGAGCUCAGGGGAGUAUUGGUUCCUGCCACACGUUGGACCCCGCUCAUCAGGAGAGCGUGGAGUCUCUGGCCUUGCACGGGGACUUUCUCUACAGCGGCUCCAAAGACCACUACAUCAAAAAAUGGGACUUGGCCAGUAGGCGGUUGUUGCAGAAGUCAGUCAAUUCCCAGACGGAUUGGGUUAGCGCUUUGGGCGUGGUUCCCGGCACUUUGGCGUUGCUCAGCGGAUGCAGAGGCGGGCUUCUCCGCCUCUGGCACGUCGACUCACUAGCGCCCCUAGGGGACAUCCAAGGCCAUGACAGCCCCAUUAACGGCCUGGCGACCAACAGCAGUCAUCUGUUCACCGCCUCCGAUGAUCGCACAGUGAAGAUUUGGGAAGCCAAAGGAUCUCUCGAGGAUGGAGUCCUUUGACAGCUAUGAUUCUGCUUCAGUUCAAAUCCUCCCAGUCUUUACUCGUUUGCAUUGAUUUUUUUUUUUCUUACUCCGAAUGCUGGAUGGUCAACAUUUAUGGACUUUUUGUGUGUUUCUUUUCUAGUCUUGACUGUGUGAAUCCAAGGACCAAAAUACUACUGAAGCUGCAUUGUCUUAUUAUUAUGUAAACGAGUUUUUAUAUAUGGCCGGACACUUUGACGAGAGGUUUCUGUGUGCAUCAAGUAUCUGUAGCCUUAAUGCAGUAAAAAAAAAAAAAAAAAUCCGUUAUGUUUUCAUGCAUUGUCGUGCAAUGUAACUUGUCAUGAGUGUUUUGUUAUUUUUUUUAUUUACAGCUCACCGCCCCGUCUAGUCUUUAUCUUGGUAAGUCAGGCAUUUCUUAUCUUCCUGAAAAUGUGAUAUAAAUUUCAAUAUGGUCAAAAGAAGAGUUAUCAGCUGCCUUUUCAUUUGCACUUGACUGACUGCUGAGUUGUUGUUUUUGUAGCAUUUAAGUGUGAAUAUCAUUCUCGCUGUUUUCCUGUUGAUUAACUGAGGCUGCAGCGUGAGAAUAAAUUUCAAAUUACUUGA